AUGGCUACUAAACAAGUAAAAUCAUAUCAAGCGCCAACAACAACAUCAAUUGAUGUUGAAUCAAGCGUUGUCUUGUCAUUGAUCAGACACACAUCAGAACACUAUCCAUCAUUAUAUUCAGGAGCUUUAUUGGGAUUUGAAUCAGACAGUGGAGCUUUAGAUAUCACCCAUGCUUACGCAUAUCCAUAUCCUGAUCAAUACGAAGGGGGAUCUUUACGUUCAAGAAGUGGGGCUAAAUACCAACAAGAUAUAUUGGAAUCUUUGAAAAAGUUAGGAUAUGGUAUUGGAUUUCAAGGAUGGUUUCAAUCCACUGUUUCAGGAAAUUUUGUUACUACACAAUUGGUGGAUGCUUUAGUUCAACAGCAAUUGACUAACAAGAACUCAUUUAUUUUAAUUCACAAUAUGGCUUCCAUCGGUAAGGAAUUAGAUUUGAAGGCUAUAAGAUUAUCGGAAAGUUUUGUCAGAACCUACUUGGACGGUAAAUGGAAAUCAAAGGAUUUAGAGAGCCACAAAUUAUCAUUCUUGAAUAUUUUCGACGAAAUCCCAAUUAGAAUCCGUAACCAACACUUGGUCAACUUAUACUUGGCAUCUUCUACCAAUGAUACCAAAUCUGAAAACGAAUUUGACAUCUUAAACUUAUCUUCUAACCAAAAUGUUACUGCCCAAUUAUUAGAAUCCUUAUACGGCCAAGUAGAUGCAUACAACUACGACCAAACCAACUACAACUACUACCAAAGACAGCACCAAAAAGAACAGAGUAAAAUUAUGCAAUGGAAGCAACAGAGAAAGUUAGACAACUUAGAAAGAGCUAAGAGCGGUGAAAAGGAGUUGGAUACCGAAGAAUGGCAAUCCUUGUUUAAGUUACCUACUGAACCAUCAAGAUACAACAAUAUGUUACACUCUCAUGCCAUAGACGUGUUAGCUGAUGAUAUCUUGAAGAGAUGUGACGAAGACUUAACAAAGAGUUUUGCGAUCGAAAGAAAAUUGACUACUGACAAAUAG